UGUAUAAUUCUUGUAAUGUUAGAACAUUCGACUAAUGGAGGUGUUUUUUUGCAGGCAGCCAAGGCAGCCGCCGCAGCCUCCAAGGAAUCCCCCGCAGCCUCCAAGGAAUCCCCCGCAGCCUCCUCCUCCAAGGACUCGGCCAGGAAGAAACGAAAGGCAGCCCAGAAAAGCCACAAAUUGAGUUUCGACGGGUACAUCGACUUGCUUGCUGCAAAAAUUGAAGAAGGGAACAAAACAAAAGGGAAUAAGGACCAGAGGAGAGGUGCUGACGGCAAAUUUGGCAAUAAAAAUUUAUUGGACUGUUCCUGGAGGACCUGGUUGAAAAGCAUGUUUACAGAAUAUCCAGGUGUGCUGUGCAAGUGCUCUUGUAAUCAUCGACCUUUGACUAGCGCACAAGCCUUAAUAAAACACAUAGAGAGAAAUCACUAUAUCAAUAAUGUGGUAUCAUUUGGUGAGGAGGACCUGGAAUUCACACCACCACAGUUUUAGCUCACCUCCCCCCCCCCCCCAAGUUUAAAUAAGUUGUUGAAUCAACUUUGGAAAUUCACCCCAAAUUCAAAUUUGGAAAUUCACCCUUGUCUAGUGGGUUCAACUAUAUUUUGUAUGCUCUACCUAUAGUAACCAUAUAUCUUGAUUUCCCAGAAACUUGUUGACGCUGCAAUUGCACUUCAUAUAAAUACAUGUUUUGGCAUUCUAUGUUAUUUGUAAAUGCUGUUUGUCCUUAUAUUUUGAUAUAUCCAGUUACUUUGUUUCUACUGUUUCGCAAGUAUCUUGGCAAUAAUAUCUCUUACUACUGUAUAUUUUGUAUGAGAGUCAAACUGUAGAACUAUGUGGGUUGAAGAAUAUCUCUUACUACUGUAUAUUUUGUAUGAGAGUCAAACUGUAGAACUAUGUGGGUUGAAGAAUAAAAGUGUGCACUCAAUCAAAUAUUGUUUUUAGGCCAAUACUUUGUAAGAUAUACCAAGUGCACUUGUAAUCCUCGACCUUUAGCUAGCGCACAAGCCUUAAUAAAACACAUAGAGAGAAAUGACUAUAUCAAUAAUGUGGUAUCAUUUGGUGAGGAGGACCUGGAA